CUUAAUUUGAGGAGUACUUUAAAUGUUAAGGUGAACAUGCUAUUUAUCAACAUCACAUUUGUAUUCCCAGUUCAACCAACGACUCAAGUACCAACAACACAACUGCCAACGACUACCGAGCCAGCAACACAGCCGCCAACCAUAACAAAUCAAACAACUCAACCGCCAACCACAGAAACAGCAACACAACCGCCAACGUCUAUUGAGCCAGCAACACAGGUGCAAACCACAACAAAUCCAACAACUCAACCGCCCACCACAAAAACAGCAACACAACCGCUAACGUCUAUUGAGCCAGCAACACAGGUGCCAACCACAACAAAUCCAACAACUCAACCGCCCACCACAAAAACAGCAACACAACCGCUAACGUCUAUUGAGCCAGCAACACAGGUGCCAACCACAACAAAUCCAACAACUCAACCGCCAACCACAGAAACAGCAACACAAUCGCCAACGACUAUUGAGCCAGCAACACAGGUGCCAACCACAACAAAUCCAGCAACUCAACCGCCAACCACAGAAACAGCAACACAAUCGCCAACGUCUAUUGAGCCAGCAACACAGGUGCCAACCACAACACAUCCAGCAACUCAACCGCCAACCACAGAAACAGCAACACAAUCGCCAACGUCUAUUGAGCCAGCAACACAGGUGCCAACCACAACACAUCCAGCAACUCAACCGCCAACCACAGAAACAGCAACACAACUGCCAACCACAGAAAAGCCAGUAACACAGCCACCCACCACAACAAAUCCAGCAACUCAACCGCCAACGACAAAAACAGCAACACAACCGCGAACGACUAUUGAGCCAGCAACACAGGUGCCAACCACAACAAAUCCAGCAACUCAACCGCCAACCACAAAAACAGCAACACAACCGCCAACGUCUAUUGAGCCAGCAACACAGGUGCAAACCACAACAAAUCCAGCAACUCAACCGCCAACCACAAAAACAGCAACACAACCGCCAACGUCUAUUGAGCCAGCAACACAGGUGCCAACCACAACAAAUCCAGGAACUCAACCGCCAACCACAGGAACAGCAACACAACCGCCAACGACUACCGAGCCAGCAACACAGCCACCCACCACAACAAAUCCAGCAACUCAACCGCCAACCACAAAAAUAGCAACACAACCGCCUACGACUAUUGAGCCAGCAACACAGGUGUCAACCACAACAAAUCCAGCAACUCAACCGCCAACCACUCAAACAGCAACACAACCGCCAACCACAACAAAUCUAGCAACUCAACCGCCACCCACCACAACACAGAAAUCAACACAGCCGCCAACCACAACCACCCCAGCACCUACAACAACAGUACCUGAAAUAUGUGAGUGUCUUUGACUGUUUUGUAAAUAGACAGAAUUGGCGACGCUGACAUUUUGAUUCUUCAUUAGAUAAUAAUGGAAUAUUUUCGUAUUUCUAUUAUCACAAUUCUACAUUUAUUGCAUAAGAUAAAUCUAUUUAAAAGUGCAUAAUUUUAUUCUUAUAUGUUUAUUACAAUUUCAUUGAUAAAGACAUCUUAGCUUCAGAUGUCAUAUUAUGAUGAAUACUCUUAUUUAUUAUAUCACUGUCAUAUUCCUCACUCUCUUAUUGGUCCAUGUCCUACACGUGACUAAAAAUAACUAGCGAUAUUCAACGGAAGUCACG